CAACAUUUGUAUAAAUUGGCCAUCUGUCUAUAUAAGUACGUCUUGAAAUGGAUAUAUUCAAUUCAUGUUAGCCAAUAUAUCACAAAUAGACAUAUUCAGAAUGUUUUAUUCAAAAGUGAUUAUAUUUCUUUCUGCCUUUAUCCUUUUUUGUCUUAGUUUCUCCUCAGCGUUGGAGGACCCUUGUGACCAAUGUAUUGGUGACUCCAUUGCCGAAAAGGCAAAUAUAAUUAGCAAUAAACGUGAAUGUUGGUUCAAUGCCAAACAUCAUUAUAUGGUGAAAUUUAAGGAUCUGAUGAUGAACACACUCGACGAAGAAUUUGAGACACUGGUCAAUGGUGCCAAUGCCGAAGCAUCGGAAGCCUGCAAGCAGGAAAUUGCAAUCGAUGAUUGUGAAAAUAUCGAAGAAAUGGAUGAACAAGCCAAAUGUUUUAUUAAAAAUUGUAAAACAAUGGCAGGGCUUUAUCGUGACAUUGAAGAGUGUGAAAAGAAAAUCUUAAUGCCACAACAGGCGAAGCUGAUUGAGAGAUUUUUGACAGGCAUCAUUGGUGGCUGGCGUCAAAUUCAUACAACUUGUUAGGGGAACAGAGAGAGAGUGAAAGAAACAAUUAAAAGAAAUGAUAUUUUAAUAAAUAAAUAAAAAUAAAAAACAAAAUAUUUAAA